AUGUCCCUCAAGCCAAAAAACAUCAUUCGUGGAGCUGUGACCGAUGGCCACAACUGGAUUUUCCUUGUCCUUAAAAUGGACUCUAAUGGUGAUAUUGAUGGUGCCAUAUAUACUCAGUCUUUGCAACGGACUCGGCUCAUGACCGUAGUCCCUCCUGGUGACGAAGAAAUUUCACACACAAUGUGUGAUGUGAUCGCUGGAAUCAUCGGAUAUUGGAUAGAGCAUUGCAACGAGGAUAUCGGAGAUGAUGACUGGUUCCGUGUAGAGUGGAAAUACCCCUUCAUCGGAGAGCCGCUGUUUUCAAGUUGUGUCCCUCGACCGUGGACUGAGCAAAGUGACGAUGCGGACCGCGUCGUGUGUGAUGAGCUCCUCGUCCACGGUCCAGGUGCGAUUGGAGCUGAGCGCAAGUGCUUCAACAUUCGAUUUUGUCGUUCUGACUCCCAUCUCGAGGUCACUCACUCUCGCAGACUUCGCCUCCAACUCCUCGUACCUAGUAUCGAUUUCAACCUAGAGUUCCUGUAG